AUGGUUGAACAAACACUUGCGGGCAAAGUCGCCAUCGUGACCGGCUCAUCGUCCGGUAUCGGCGCCGCCAUCGUGCGAGAGCUGUCCUCGCGCGGGGCCAACACAGUUGUCAACUACCCGUUUCCCGGGCUGAAAGACGAGGCUGACACGGUCAUUUCUUCACUGCCCGUUCUCGGGAUUGCGGUGGAGGGCGAUAUGUCGAAGAUUGAGACGCCGCAGAAGCUCGUGGACGCGGCAGUAGCGAAGUGGAACCGGAUUGAUAUCCUCGUCAACUGCGUCGCCCUAGCUGUAAACAAGCCACUUGAAGAACAGACAUUGGAGGAUUGGGAUCUGCUUGUCAACAUUAAUGGCCGCGGCACGUUCCUCUUGACAAAAGCGGUGCUGCCUCAUCUCACGAAGGGGAGCGGACGGAUUGUCAACAUUGCUAGUAUCUCAGCUCGAGGACCCCCGCCAAACCAGACGAUCUAUGCUGGCACGAAGGGAAUGGUGGAUUCGUUUACAAAAUGCUGGGCCAAGGAACUUCCUCCGAAAUAUGGGUGCACUGUCAAUGCAGUGAGCCCGGGCCCGACUCGAACGGAGGGCUUUGCUGCUGCUGGUGAAGAGCAAAUGAAGAUUCUCCAGCCCACCAUUGAUCAAACACCCGUGGGGCCUCGGAUGGGGCAGCCCGAUGAAAUCGCGUAUGCAGUUGCUUUCUUAUGCGAAGAGAGAGCGAGAUGGGUCAACGGAACACAUCUUAUCGCAUCGGGCGGAUUGUUUAUUGAUUAG